GCGGCGAAGAGAAACAGUGAGUCAUGCUAUCUUGGUUUUUCAUGACGGGGUACACGGCAGCUCUGAUUUUCAUGGUGCAAUCGGAGAAGAAAGAUGCUAGGUGCAUUUAAAUGAUGACAGGGAAGUGUUGUUGGUUGGUUGGUUUGUUUAAUCAUUCGAUUCGAGCCAGGUCCAUCUUUUCUUUAAAGGAACGAUAAAACAGGAGACUUUUCUCCUUCCUUCUUGUUUCUGCGGCGGCCGUGUGGGUCCAGGAGAGACCGCGGGGGCCCCUCCCUCAGUCAGACCGUCAGUGGAUUGGAUGACUGCUGUGUGAUCAGGCCCGGAUUAGCUUCGGCGGGUGCAAAUGCAAGCCGCUACAAAUGGGGCCGGUGUAUGCUGUUCAUCUUCCUUCCUUCCAAUCCGGAUUGGAGCGGGGACUAACAAGCUUCGCUCGUCAUCUCGCUGGGGUCUGAGAGCGGUCCUUCCCCCCGGCCCUCCUCCUCCUCCAUCCUCUCUUGCCUGCGCCUCGCCGGGAAAGUCAUGGCAGAAGUGCCCCCCCUGGUCAAGAUCAAGGUCUCCCUCAAAAUCCAGCCAAACGACGGGCCCGUCUACUUCAAAGUGGACGGCCAGAGGUUUGGCCAGAACAGGACCAUUAAGUUACUCACGGGGGCCAAGUACAAGGUGGAGGUAGCCUUGAAGCCGGGGACCGUCCACGCCACGACUAUGGGUCUAGGGGGAGUGACUGUACCCUUGGAAGAGACAUCAAGAGAGCCCCAGACUGUUGUUUAUACUGGAAUCUAUGAUACAGAAGGAGUUGCUCACACCAAAAGUGGGGAGAGGCAGCCUAUUCAAGUGAACAUGCAGCUCAAUGACAUUGGUGCUUUUGAAACAGUCUGGCAAGUCAAGUUCUACAACUACCACAAGCGAGAUCAUUGCCAGUGGGGAAACAGCUUUGGAUGCAUCGAAUAUGAAUGCAAACCCAAUGAGACGCGCAGCCUCAUGUGGGUAAACAAAGAAACCUUCUUCUGAAGCACAACGAGGCUGAUGUGGCUGGACAAUCUCUUGGUAAAAGAGCCUAUCUUCAAACCAGUGCGACGCCUUAACACAGGCACUCUGUAUAGAUGCUUCUGUGCUUGACACAGACUGCAGCCCAAAGGGCACUGACUUGGGAAUAAGUUGCCUUCCAAAUUGGUGGGAUUUGUUUCCAAGUGCUUGUGCUUGAGAUUAUGUGCAUAAAAUGAGUGUUAACCCCCCACACCUUCACUGUAGUGAACAUGGCACAUGCAAAUAUUGCAGUCCCCCCACUGGGAGACCCACUAUGUAAUACUACUAGGAUGUGAUUCUGAAUGGUUGUCUUAAGAUUCGUUGUGACAUGCUGAUGGUGGCUUUGGUAUUCAUAUUUUUGUUAGUGUUCCUUCAUGCCAGUAAGAUCUGUAGUGAUACAACAUUGCAAAUACCAGAUGACUGCAUAUCUGGCCAAGCAAAAUCCACAGCCCUAUUCAAGUUGCACCUGCUUAGUUUUUCCUACUGCUGUAGGGGAGAUUUCCAGUUUUCGAUCAUCAAAGGUUGUAAAAUCUGACUGGCUUUCCCAUUCUGUGAGACUUGUGUUGACUUUCCCAGUCUCCAAAAUGACCCUGACCUACUGCAGUGAUGGAAUAUUGACAUAGACACAAGAGUGGCAAAGCAAUACAUCUAUGGUUUUAAAUGUGUGUGAAUAAUGCUAAUACUUGUAAGCAGUGGUUUGUUUACAUGUGAAGUGAAAUAGCUUGGCUGCUGGGAAUCUUUUGAGCUGCAAUUGCUGUUGCACUAAAAAGCCUUUCAGGUUAAACAUGGCUGCAACAGGCCUAAAAGGGGAAGCAUAUCUUUUUGCAUAGGUUUGUACAGGACUCUGAACCCGGGUGCUAAGUCCUCUGGAAACUGUUUACAACUGUGUCAAACUUAAAGCACAUUCUAUUUCUAAAAGAGCGGAAAUGUUGCUUUCCUCAAGCUCUACUGGAUUAAGGUGGUCAUGUGUCUGCAUUAUCUUGCAUAUCAGCUGUUCCUUCAUGUCAAUAAUCUGUAAACCAUUACCAAACUUUUGACCUUUGUAAUAAAGUACUUGGAAACCAA